AUGUGGAGAUUUACAAAAAGCCAAAUAGCUGAUUUUGUUCAUUAUCGUUAACAGCAAUUGCCAGAUGGAUACACAUAAAAUGAAGAAAUGAAUAUCAUAAAUCAUUAUUGCUGCAGUUUGCUGGCAACUUUAUUUAAGAAUGAAAAGAACUCAUAGUUGACUCUUAUUUCCUAUGCUGCAGUACUAUUUAAGCGAUAUUAUAUGAUAAAAACAAUAUUUGAAUAAUCUGGAAUGCAUUAAAUGCUAUUAUGUUGCAGUUAUUUAGGAAUGAAGUUGAAUGGACUUUCAUAACAAUCAAUUGCAAUUCAGGCACAAUAACUCAAAAGGAAACCAAAACAUGAACGUUUUCAUCAUUAUGGAGAUGAGUUUUAUGCUAAAUAUGAAAUUUUGAUAGUUCAAGCUUUGGGCUAUGACAUUGAUGUAAAACCAAUUUAUCCCAUAAUUUAAUCUGCAAUCUUUAUUUAUCAAAUAAAAGAUCUUUUAGAAUAAUCUCUAUUCAUUAGAUAUGAGAAGAAAAUAGAAGAAUACUUUUUGAAAUCACUGUAGGGUUUUACGAUAUUUACUUAUAAGGAAAGCGAGAUUGCUUUUGCAAUUGUAGAAUGCAGUCUGCAAUCAAUCUUUUAAGAAAUUCUAUCACCACAUAUAUCCUUAUCUUUAGGCGGUAUCAAGCCUUUAAAACAACUGACAUUCGAAAAAAUAAAGAAAUAUUGCUAAGAAAAUAAAUAGAAUGGCACUUUGAUAAUCGAAUAGAUAGAUUAAAGAGAUAUAUCGAUAGCGAAUCAUUGUUAGUAAAUUCAGGAGGUGGUUCAUUUGCUUCAGGAAAUCAAAGACACUUCAAAAGAGUUUGAGAAGAAUUAUGAACGAUACAAGUAAUAAAGGUAGGCUGUUUUUUCACUCCCAAUGAGCGUAGAAUUCUUGGAUGUGAAAAAAUAAGUAGCCUAUAAUUGA